AUGGAUAUUUUUAACGACGUGCUGAACAGUGCCAGGUAUAACCCAAAGGUCAGGCCGCUCUGGAACCAGACUAAAACGAUGUACGUUGUGGUGCGGUUUCAGUUGUUGUCUAUUGUUGAGCUGGAUGAUGUGCAGCAGAGUUUUGCCUGUAACGGCUUUCUGGGAUUGGUCUGGGAAGAUGAGAUGCUCAAAUGGGACAAGGACAAAUAUGGAGGACAGGACGAGUUGCACCCGGUCCCAGAGGACAUCUGGAGACCACGUGUGGUCAUCAUGAACACGUUAGGGGACCGGGACCCGUUUGGUGACGUCAUAGCACCCGUGUUCGUCUACAGCAAUGGUUCAGUAUCCUGGGUACCAGGGACACUGUUGACAACUUCCUGUAAACUGGACCUGACGGACUACCCGUUUGACCAGCAGAACUGUACAGUCCAGAUUGUAGCCAUGACACUCACGACAAAAGAAUUGACAUUUGUGGCCUCGACAAACAAAUCUUCUCUGAACUUCUUUACUUCAAACAGCGAGUGGAACUACUUGGACUCUAGCCUUACAACGUCGUAUAUUAGCACAGGGACUAGGAACUUAUCCUCGAUUGAUAUAACGUUUUUCAUGAAGAGGAGACCCAUGUUUCUCCUCAUCAACAUCAUCCUCCCUGUCGUGUUUCUCUCUUUCCUCAAUCUGCUCGUCUUCGUCAUCCCAGUGGAGUCGGGUGAGAAAAUUGGCUACGGUAUCACAGUACUUCUGGCACUUUCUGUCUACAUGAGCAUCGUCAGCUCUCUACUGCCCAGCUCCUCACUGACCACACCAAAGCUGACCCUCUACCUCUUCAUCCUCCUCAUCAUCUCCAUGCUCACCGUUAUCGACAGCAUCAUCAUUGUCUUUCUUCACAAUUUGGAGGAGAAAGCGGUUGUUCAUUUCAAGGCUCAAGAAAAUUUUAAAUCAGCUUUCAGCAAAGUCAAAAACCUUCAAAGGGCAGUUACUCCAGCAACAAAGAUGACACGGAAUACAGUCAAUGGGAAACAAUCAUUGGCAAACUUCAAGGAAGCAACGUCAUGCAGCGAAGAGGCACCGCCAUAUUCUUCUACGGAUAUGUCAAGCAAUCAGGAUGAUAAUAGAGAAACCCCUCGCCGGAACAAGUACAAGAUGAUAGGCAAACACAUAGACGCCAUCUCGUUCGUUGUUUUCUUUUUCAUUUGGAUCUCUGUAACUCUUGGCUUCUUGUUCAACAUAUCUUUCUAGAGUCACAACAACAUCGAAGUCUAGAUCUCUGUGACUCUUGGCGUUCUGCUAAACAUUGUCUUGUAGAAUUCCAAAAAAUCUUUAUCUAGACAUCUGUAGCUUAUGACUUGAUUUACAGUAUCGCUUUAAAGCGCCAAAAAAAAAAUAGCAUCGUCUAGAUUUUAAAGAUUCACGAUGACCCCGCUCAACAUUGCUUUUAAGAACAAAGGAAGAUCAAAAACAAGAUCAUAAAUUGGAUACAUACGAUACUACAGGUCAUUGAUAUUAAAAUUUAAAAAAAAUGUUUCGGGCCUAAAAUAAGUAUUAGGCCUACAGUUUUAGAACCUGAUCAGUAAACACAGUACCCAUAAGCUAAACAAUUAUCUGAGUAUGAUUUGAGACCCAAAUCUAACUGAUGAAUACAGCAACUGUCUCUAAAAUGAUACGUCAGUAGCUUCCCUUUUUUAAAUCAAAUUAUACGAAUGAUAAAUGUUUUAUUACUUCAACAUGCUAACCAUCUUUGUUCAAAUUAUGGUGGAUCAUUUCAAUUAAUUAAAAGCAUUAAAAGCACGAAUUAUUUGGAUGUUUUAAAUAUUAUAAUUUAAGGAUGUUAAUUUUACAAUGGCAGCAGUGCUGUUAUCAGUAUGCUUUUUUUCAUCCAUCUUUUACUUAAUUUUUAUUUUGAUUGUUUUAUUUGUAAUUUUUUGUCCAGAAGAAAAGCUAUUUUUAAUCAUGUAUUACAAUUUUUUUCUCAUAUACAAUCUCUGACAUUUUUUA